AUGAUGCUAUUUGUGGGUACACGUAUGAGUAUGCAAACAUUUGAGGUGCUACCGUGUGUCCUCACCGGACGUGGCGCAAGUGUGACAGUUGCAUUGGCACCCUGCUGCCGGCCAUCAAUCACCAUCAGUAAUGAGGUUCUUGAGUACGAUUUCUGUGUCGAUUGUCAAAAACGAACAAUCUUGGCUAAAUUUCCUAAACCAAUACCGAGAAUGUCGACCAAUCAUCAAUCAACUUCCACUGAACAAAAAAAAUAG